AGUUUCUUUGUCACCCUAUGUGUGCGUGCAUGCAUGUGUGUGUGUGUGUGUGUGUGUGUGGCAGUAAGAGCUUCUUUGCACUGAAGAAUCAGAGCUGUGGAAAGUCAGGAGGUUGUUUUGUACACUGUGAUUCUGUGCUGAAUUGAGUGACUCGGGUCAGGAUGCUGUUCUGCACAAUGUGAGCACGAGUGUUUCUCAGCUGGGCUGCUUACUGCAAUGAAUGGCAACACUAUCGAGGAGACCCCGAGCAGCACAGCGCCCCCUUGUGGCUGGAGGGAGUUCUGCGAGUAUCACGCGAGCAUCAGGGCGCGAGAGUUAGCACAACAAUAUGUCCGUUUUGCCCGGACUCGACCGACACACGAUGUCGUUUCUCCGGAGAAAUUCAGCCGGGACUUCAGUGCCAUGUUCCAGCACCAAUUCCGCCGAGAGGUGGCCAAAGAAGAAGCCCCGCCCCCUCCCAUGACCGGACACACAUGCGACUUUUUAGGAGUGCUCGAUUACCGGGAAGCCAGUCAUCCAGUGGCCGGAGCCUCGUUUGUCAUUCUGCCACCGAAACCGGAGCGGGAGCCGCUGGUCCAGAGCUUCACUACACAUAGAGCGAUCGGACACACCCAAGGGGUGGAGCCUACAGAGAGUUACGCCCCUCAGUCUGCAGUGCCACUCCCCUCAGGCAGGUGGCAAGGGGGAAAAGUCUUUUCUCAGUUCAGUAAACAUGUGCGACGGCUUCUCAAGAAACGUCCGUCGCGUGACGACUCGAUCCAGGACAGCUCCGGGUCCGAGUCAGACAGAAGAGACGGGGGUUCGGGGUUGGGGGAACACCCCCCCGCCAGAGCGCCACCUUCAGGCCUCCGACUGUUGCAUCGCCUGAGCCAUCUGACAAAACGGGGCACUAAACACCAACCAGAGAGCGGAACCGUGUACAAGGAAGGACAUUUAAAGUACCUGGAGGUGAACGACAGCAUUUCAGAUACGGCCCCAUGCUGGCUGCGCUGCCGCCUGCUGGUCCGGAGGACGAACAACAGGUUCAACCUGGAGCUCUACUACCCGCCCAAGGGCUCCAGUCCGAAGCUAAAAGCACGCUGCUCUGACAUCCAGGAGAUACGGCGCUGUACUCAACUAGAGACACCUGACAACUUCAACACCUUCGUAUUAAAGGUUAAUAGUUCUCCCAGUAGUUUUAUAUUUGAGGCUGAAGAUGAGCAGCAGUUAAAUUCGUGGACUUCAGAUCUCAGAGGCUGUAUCAGCACCAGGGCGGACACUGUGGAUGCAGAGCUGCACUGUUUUCCUGUCACUGAUCCUGUAGCAGCAGUGAGGAGGGGGAGCACAGAGUCUGGCUGCCCGAGUUCUCCAGGGUUCACACUGCCGGAGCAGGCGUACCACAAGACUGACCGCUUCCUGUCCUCCUACCCCUGGUUCCACGGCCCAAUCUCCCGUGUACGGGCCGCUUACCUUGUGCAGCACGCAGGGGUCAGAGGUCACGGCAACUUCCUGGUGAGACAGAGUGAGACGCGCAGGGGAGACUACGUCCUCACCUUCAACUACCAGGGACGAGCCAAGCAUCUGCGUUUGUCUCUAACUGAAUGGGGGCAGUGUCGAGUGCAGCACCUGCGUUUCCCCUCUGUAGUUGAUAUGCUCUCUCAUUUCCGUGUCUUUCCCAUCCCGCUCGAGUGUGGAGCAGCGUGUGACGUCCUACUGGCUAAUUAUGUGCUGGCCACACCCACCUCCUCAGCCAUGUGUUCCUCAGUGGGUUCUCCGGUGUUGGUUCCGUUUUCCCGCUGUAGCUCAGAGCCGAGUCUGGCUCACUGGGGGGGCCUCGAAGCCCCCGCCCAUGUCGGCCCACCCCUCGGUGCUUUGUCCGGCCCCGCCCCCCCUCAACAUACCGCCUCAGGCCUCACCUCUGACCCCACCCACAUCCGGCGCAGCGAGUCAGUAGGACGCAGGACUCUCCUGCGCCACCCGAACCCUCUCCCUCCACUCCUGCACUCCCGCGACUCGGAGUACGAGCUGGAGCCGUUGGACCGCGGCCGCAAGAGAGCCAUCGACAACCAGUACACGUUCUUCUGAACCCCGGAGACCUGCCACGGCUGAGACAGAGACAUCCAGCAGGGGGCGCCGGGCCUGAAGACCUGAAUGUCCUGGUGCACAAAGGUGAAGACAACGGAGAGGAACCUGGGCCGCGUCCCAUUCCUCUGAACACACUUCCCCUGAUCCCUCCCUCCCUCUCUUUCUCUCUACAUGGAUGUGUGAGGGAAAGAUCCUGUGGAGGGACGAGUGACACUCCGAGGUCAAGGGACGCCAACUCACCACUAACUGCCGCACACACAACUCCAUGCAUUUGUGUGUGUGUGUGUGUGUGUGAGGGGACAGAGCUGACACAUACCUCACACUCCACAGAGACUCCUGACAAUCAUGUCCGAUUUGAAUGUACUUUACAGACUUAUUUCACUAUUCAAUGUAAUGUAACCUUUACUCUGUGUGUGUGUGUGUGUGUGUGUGUGUGUGUGUGUGUGUGUGUGUGUGUGUGUGUGCGUGUGUGUGUGUGUGUGUGUGUGUGUGUGUGUGUGUGCAGCCCCCCUGGAACAGCAUUAAUUUAAUUAAGUGAUUUUUAUAUCUUUCCCCAUGGCACGUGUGUGUGUGUGUGUGUGUGUGUGUGUGUGUGUGUGUGUGUGUGUGUGUGUGUGUGUGUGUGUGUGUGUGUGUGUUUCACCCAUAGGCUAAUCUAGCUGUGUGCUCCCCACCCCACAUCAUGAGGAAUAGCUUCUUUUAUUCCUUCAUUUCUCUCACUUGUUGCCUUUUUAAUAUGAUUAAGUUUGACUGUAAAAUAAUUCGAUUGGAAAUGAGUUUUUUAGAGAGGUCGAUCCUGCGGCGUAUUAGCUAGCGUAUUUUAUAACUAGAACUUCUGGAAAGACAUUAUAUUUCAUAGAAAUAAACAGAGACAACAGCACUUAACGCUAUGGUGCAUGCGCUCAGGACGAGCUAGCGGUUGUGUUCGGGCCUGGUUAGCAUGCUAAUACGAAACACUCAGGCUUGGCGAGGCCAGACGUUGCAAUGGAAUGAGAAUUUCUCGUCGGUGUACAUGAGGUAAUAAACUCAGGGCCAUGAGGCUAAUCCUUGCACUGCCAGCUAGCGUAGGCGAGAUAACAAUGCUAACAAUGCUAGGCUGAGCUCACUCUUCACAGUUCGCUAACUCUGAGCAUCAGGAAGUCUGUCCGGCUCCUGCUGUUUCCUGUAGACCGUCCAAACUCACAGCAUAGGGAUUCAGGGUUCAAUAAAAACGAGCACAAAGGAUCAUGUAGAUGUGUGUGUGUGUGUGUGUGUGUGUGUGUGUGUGUGUGUGUGUGUGUGUGUGUGUGUGUGUUAGGUCAGAGACGGAGACACUGAGACAGCUGUCACUCAGCAAUAAUCAGUAGAAUCCCUCAGUGCUGCUUACUUUUAGCCAAAUAAACAGCAUCUACAUGGUGUGAACAUCACACGUGCCUUACAACGUCGUCCAGACCGCACCCUACACCCUACAACGUCAUCCAGACCGCACCCUACACCCUACAACGUCAUCCAGACCUUCAAACCAGCCAAAGAUCACUUCAGUUUCCCUCCAAAAUCUCAUGCUCACCCACACACAAUAGAAUAAAGAAUUGCUAGUUACUAAUUACUGCAUCUAUUAGCAUUACUCGCGGCACCAUUUCUCCAUCCGUCUCCAUUUAAUUAGACAGCCGAGUGUCGCACCGAGCAGAUCGGAUCACGAGAAAUCAUCAGAUCAGGCAUCUGACAUGAUCUAACUGAUGACCCGCCGUUAGUACUGCCGAGUUUUAGUGCCUCAUUUAAACAAAAAAACAAUCUAAAACUACGAUAAUAAAAUUGUGAGAAUAAAGUCGUAACAAUACGAGAAGUCAAAAUUCCUAGAACGAAGCAUUACCUUUUCUGGUAGUUCUACGGCUUUAUUCUCAUCGUUUUUACUUUAUUCUUGUAAUCUUGGAUAUUUUUUUUGUCCGUGGCACUAAAACGCCAUUGUUCACUGGCAUUUGUGUGUGAGCAUGUGAGCCUUUCAAAUUCUACACAUUAGCCUUAAAUAAUAGCAAAGUGCUAGCCUGGGAGAACUUGACAUCUAAAGUCUCCCCCAUGGAAGUCAGGAUGCUAAUCAGGAAGCAGUUAGCAUCAGUCAGGUCCGAGGUCUCUCAGCUCAGAGGGUUCAGCUGAUCAGUUCAGCACCAGGACAGCAACCGUAUCUCCUACCUUCUACACUUCUCAGCCUGAUUCUCUCACCUUCAGUCUAAAGCCUAGGAGAUCCUCCAGAGUGCUGUGUGAGGAGCACUGUGAGGAACUGUGUGAGGAGUGAUGUAUGCCGGGAUGCACUUUUAAUUAAUAGCACUAGCACAAAAUGGAUUGGUGUAAAUAAUCUUCCUACAGCAUACACACUUCCCACACUGCCUUUCUCACAGUGGCAUUGUGUGUGUGUGUGUGUGUGUGUGUGUGUGUGUGUGUGUGUGUGUGUGUGUGUGUGUAUCCUCCUCUAUGUUAAUAAUCAUAAGAGGACACUUUAUUUUCAUAAUGAAUAAAUAUUUUUAUACACUUAUAUACAGCAGAACAGAUGCUGUCCAUCUGCUCUUCAGUAAGAUUUCAGAACAUUCCUCAUACCUGCAGGACACAGCGCUCUGGUCCGAUUCCUUCACCAGCGCCGUGUCCAAAUUUGUGUGUGUGUGUAAGUAAGAGAUUUAUUCCAGAUUUUUUCCCAUUCAAGAGGAAAGAACCUCGUCCUGCUCAUCACCAGCGUAGAAGCCAUGGGGAGAUGUUCUUCCUAACCAUCAACAUGUGAAUGUACACAUUUACAUUUGCGGCAUUUGACAGACGCCCUUAUCCAGAGCGACUUACAACUGAGCAGGGGAGGGUUUUAGGGCUUUUGCUCAAGGGCCCAGCAGUGGCAGCUUGGUGGUGGUGGGAUUUGAACCUGUGAUCAUCUGAUCCGAAGCCCAAUGCCUUAACCACUGAGCUACCACCUCCCUGUAGUGUUCACUACCAUUCCGUUUUGCUCCAAACAUCACACGUUUUAUCUCUUUCUCCAAUCAGCACGUGUGAACACAGUUUUCCAUGUGUUUCUAGGGAAAAUUCUGUGUGUGUGUGUUUGUGUGUGUGUCUGAGGGAAUUGUGGGGAUUCUGUAAUGUCUUGUUUUUUCGACUGAUUGUCAUUGAUGUUUCACGUGGCGAGCGUGAUGAAGCACAAAGACACGUGUGUGUGUGUGUGUGAGAGCGUCUCUCUGGACAUUUUCUCCUGUCCUCCUGUACUAUCGUAUACUGUUGAUGUUUCUGAGCACUGUAAACCCACAGGCUUCCUCCUGCUCUACUCUUCACUGCUUCCAGGGUUUGAUGAGGAUUUUCUCUUUGUCUCCAUGUAACCACACAUGUAGUAAAACUUCACCCACUGUAUCCUCCACCUGCUCUCAUUACACACUGCACAAUAAACAAUGGAACCAUGUGUUAACACACA